AUGUUAUGCCAAAGCUCGUUGUCGUGGAUCGCCAGAGAUGACAGCCCUGGCGGGUUUCUCGGUUCCUUUUCGCCUCUUCGUCUCAGCUGCGCCAGGCACAGUCGGUCCAGGAUUGUCGCCGCCUCCACCAGAUCUCGCAUCGAUCAAGUCCACUCGAGCAGUGCUCGCCAAUGGCUUCUUCCUCCAGGUCUCUGGUUGCUGCAAGACAUCGUCAUCGACACGCCGUGUCAAAUCGAUCUUCCCCGCGCGUCUUCGCCUCCAUGCAAUCUAGGUCAGGAUCCGGCUGCUCCUGACGAUGCAUGCUAUCGUUGUCGCUCCCGGGAGACCGGGCCCCCCAUCCAGGAUCAGUCUAUCGAUCGCUUCAAAACUUCCAACUGCUGGGUUCGCAUCGCUCCGGCUGGCCCUCGUAUCUUGCCGCAAUCCACCCACAACCAACGACGACGCCGUGUCUUCAAGCUUGGUGAAACAUUUCGUCCUCUUGCCCUCGGUCCCUUUGGUCGCUCGCUGGCUGUGCUCCGGGCCCGUGGUCUGGAAGGCGAUCCUUCACUGGGCGUCGACGCCGGGGAUGGCCCUCGUGCAGCCACCACCGCAAAGCUGCUGGUGGGAGUGGCUCGCACGCUGCUAGAACGGGCCGAGUCAUUCGGGUUCACGAACAAACGCAACGGCCUAGCAAAAAGGGUCCGUUGCAAGUUGGACAUGCCCCCUGCCAGAUCGUGCUUCACGGCACUUAAUCUACCGCCGGAUUUCACCCUUCCAGAAUGCAUGGACUAUUUCUCGCUCUCCGCGGCGCCCAACACCGACAUAUGGCGCAAGCCGCCAGACCGUGAAACCACAACCGCCCCCAUACUAUUUACCUCCUUACGACAGCCCUUUGUCAUCGCAGAGGUCACGGUGACGGCCGACUGGGAGAUGGAAUGGGACCAGGGCGGACUAGUCAUAUUCGCUGGCCCCGUUCCAAGACAGCAACAACAACAACAACGUCCUCACCAGUCCACAUCAUCCGCCCAGCAGCCACCCCAAACACAGACUCAGAACCCAACCCAGCCACCACCACCCUACCCCAGCCUCCCCACCGGCCGCAACAAAUGGGUCAAAGCCGGCCUCGAAUUCUCCGCCGGCACCGUCAACGCCUCCUCCGUCAGCGCCACUGCCGACGGCGCCGACUGGUGCCUGUCGCCUCUCGCCCCUCCCAACGUCCCCACGUCCAUCACAUCGCUGCGCAUCAAGCUCGAGCGCAUCGGGCACUCGCUGUGGGUAUGGUACCAAAUACCGGGCCUGAUGACGGAGCACGCGGCGCGCACUCCCGGCGCGAUUGGGAAUUCAUGGCGGAAGCUGCGGGAGGUGACCUGGUUCUUCUGGGGAGUGGAGGACAAGAGUGUGCAUGUCGGGGUGUAUGCGAGUCGGCCGGCGAACCUGUCGAUGGAGAACACGAUGUGGGCGGCACGAAAUGGAGGGAGGUUUACGGGCAGGACGGAUGAUGGGAGAGGAAGCGGAGGCGCGGCGAACGGGCUGGUUGUGGAGUUUGAGGAUUUGGAGAUCUUUUGA